AGACCUGCUCGUGCCCGCAUCAUCUUAUCGUUGCGCUGCAUUGUUUCUUUGUUCUGCGUCAGGCCGCUGCGCCCUUUAUUCAGUUUGCUUAAUUUUUUCUUUUCUUUUCCCGGCACUAUUAUUGCUAUUCCAUAUCCCAGAUAAGGGGUUGCUGUUCGCUCGUUCUCGAUUUCAUUCGGUUCCCAACUUCAAGUGUUACUACGACAACAACAACAACAAACAAUUGCAAUAAUCUCACAACAACUUCAUCCUCAUCAUGAACACUCCUCCAAGGCUUCGCUCUCGUGGGCGGCCCAAGACUCCCCCUACCCCUCGUCAUGGUCCUAUGUUUUCCUCGCCUGAACCCCAGCGUACCGGUAAGCGAAAGGGGACCUCUUCAAUGUCAAACUAUUCUACGGCAACACUUUCUCCACCUCCUUCGUCACCCAUAGCACCUCGCUCGCCUGAUCAAACACGUACCGUCAAGGGCAAAAAACGGGCUACAUUUGCUAUCGAGGGGGCGGCGGGAGCAUCGUCAUCUGAGAUUGAUAGUGAUGGAGACAAGGGGGGGAGUGCGGGGAGAGAGGAACAGGAUGAUGAGAUUGAAAAGAUUCUUGGAAAGAAUAGAAAAACCCUGCUGAAUCCGGGAGGAUUUGGAUUGCCUACGCCUGCAAAGACCCCCUCCCGCAAACGAAAACAUCUUGAUUUAGAAGAGAUUGCUGGUUCAGCGAGGGUUCUAUUUCCUUCGUCGUCUAAGUCCAGGGCUUCUUCUUCGACCUCACUAUCAUGCGCUCGGAGAACGCUUUUCAAAAAGCCCUCCUCCAGGCAGAGAAAAGGUGGAAUGGGAUCAUUGGAUCUAUUGGGUGAUGAGCGACCUGCUUCAGACUCCAUAAGCAUAUUCACAGACUCCAAUGCUCGCAUCCCGAAACAUGAUGAUGAUCCAGACAACCCGUUUAUUUCUAGGCCGGGAGAGGAGAGUGUCACCUCCAAGAGGCAGAGGAUCAAGAAGAAGAAAAAGGCAGGGUCCUUAGGGGCAGAUGAGGACAGAGAGGAUGGCAUGGUGUAUGUUUUCCGAGGCAAGAAAAUCUUUAAGAAAUUCACCGAAAUGGAAGAUCCGAAUGAGCGCCUUCCAAAUAUUGAAGAGUCUACUUCUUCACAGCCGGCUACCUCGUUCACCGAAGCUCUUGCCGCAAUGGGCAAGCAAAAGGAGCUUGCUGAGAAGCGUGAUAUCUCCCGUCUGACACCCGAUUCUGAGGAUGACAGCGGACACAGCAGUAUCUUCAACCCAGGGAACAAGACUGCGUCUAAGCGAAGGUCCAUCUUCGACGCUGCCGGGGAUGGAGAUGAACUGGUCACUGCGCCAGUUAAGAAGAACCUGCGAAGAAAGCGGGGUCUGGAGAACGGAUCUGCUACACUUGAGAGCCCAAGAAGGGCCAGAGGAAAGAGAGCACGAGUCUAAUUCCCGUGUUCUUUCCGUGUAUUAAUAGGUAAAAAAACGCAAUUACCUGUAUCGUUAUCAGUAUUAGCAUUUCGUUUGAUUGUCUCCAUUUAUCACAUUGCUUUUAUGACUUGAUGUAUUUUUUUUUCCCCUGAGUACUCUCUAGCGUGGGCCAUGAUUUUUGGCAAGGAUAGAAUGAUGCGAAGAUUAACUUCUCAUACCACCAAAAUUUCCUUUCUUCCCCUUUUCUCCUUUUCACUUGUUUCUUUUUUCUCUUCUAGCAUUCUGUAAGCUUCUUGAUUAUCUCACCUAUCAAGCCGGCUCUUUUAUAUUAUUCCUUUUUUUUUUAUUCUUUCUUCUCCAAUCAUGCAUGCGGCUUCGAUUCUCUCUCUUCUC